AUGAAGAUGAAUGAAGUGUUCAUUGUUCCCAACAACGUUGAUCAUAUAAGUGAGAAUGGAGGAGAGAAUGGUACAUUGAUCAUCGCAAGAGCAUGCAAGGAGAUUGGUAUUGAACAUGUGUUUGGUAUCGUUGGUGUACCAAUCACUAAUGUGGUGGUGGAGAUGCAGAGACUGGGAAUGCCAUUCUACGGAUUCAGGAAUGAACAGGCAUCCGGCUACGCCGCCAGUGUGGUCGGCUACCUGACUCGCCGCCCCGCAAUCUGCUUCACUGUCAGUGGCCCAGGCAUGAUCCACGCUAUCUCUGGUCCAAUGAACGCCAUGGCCAACUGCUGGCCAAUGAUCCUCAUGUCUUCAUCCACCGGCAUCAACGACGUGGAGCGUGGCGGCUUCCAAGAGACACCCCAGCUCGAAGCCGCCCAGCUCUACUGCAAGCGCUGCUACACUGUCAACUCGAUCGAGGCAUUCCCAUCGAUCUUGCUCAGCGCCGUCAAGGAGAGCAUCAGUGGCCGUCCCGGCCCAGUCUACAUCCAGAUCCCAUCCAACGUCAUGACAUCAAACUCGACUUGCGCCAUCAAGCAGCUGACCCCGCUGGCCGAGUUCGAGGUGGGCGCAGGAACCAUCACAACAGCGCCACGCAACAAGAUCACAUCGGCUCUCAGCUUGCUACUUGGUGCCAGCAACCCAUUGGUCGUUGGUGGCAAGGGAGCAGCGUACGCACGCUGCGAGGACCAGCUGAGAAAGUUCAUCACCACCGCCAACAUUCCAUUCCUGCCCUCUCCAAUGGGCAAGGGAUUGGUUCCAGACAAUGACGAGCAUGUCGUUUCGUCCGCCCGCUCCAUCGCCCUCAAGAAGGCCGAUGUUGUUUUGGUGAUUGGCGCGAGACUCAACUGGAUGUUUUCAUUCGGCCAGGCACCAACAUUCAACGAACACGUCAAGUUCAUUGUGAUCGACGUCGAUGCCGAACAGGUCGGCAAGAACAUCGACCCAGCCAACUUGGUCGGCCUCGUUGGCGAUGCCAACCAGGUGCUCACCGAGAUGAACGAGCUCCUCGUGGCCCAACCCGCGCUACUGAGUGCCCGAAACACACAUAUCGAUGCUUGGUGGAGUGAGCUUCGCGUCAAGAUCGCUGAGAACUCAAAGAGCCUCCAAGCCCAGCUCGCCCAGCCACAGACACCAGGCGAGUACCUGACCUACCAUCAGGUGUUCAAUGUGAUCCGCGAUCACCUGCCACACAACGCCGUCGUGGUCAACGAGGGUGCCAACACAAUGGACAUUGGUCGCGUGUGCAUAAACCACAACGAGCCAAGGAGUCGUCUAGACUCUGGCACACUCGCCACAAUGGGUGUGGGCAUUGGCUAUGCUAUUGCGGCACACGGUGUGUACCAGGGCGAGCGACCAAUCAUCUGUAUACAGGGCGACAGUGCAUUUGGAUUCAGUGGCAUGGAGAUAGAGUUGGCGUGUCGCUUCCGCAUGCCAAUCCUGUUCAUCAUCAUCAACAACAAUGGUAUCUAUGAGGGAUUGGAGUCGACGCCAGACGAGGGCUUCUGUCCCAAGACCAUGCCACCCACCGCACUCUCGCCCAAGACCCAUUACGAGACGAUCAUACAUGCAUUUGGCGGAGAAGGUCAUGGCGUGUCCACUAUUAGCGAGUUACAAUCCACAGUCUCAUCCACAUUGGCCAAGAUCAAGAACAACACACUCACCAUGCCAGUGCUCCUCAAUGUCUUUAUCAAGCCAUCUGGUACCACUCCCAAGAUCCUCACCAAGCACUGA